AUGGACUACUCCAAGAGCCGUUAUGCCUUCAACCAACAUACCUCAUCUUCCUCUAUCUCUCAAACGCGCCAACUUGCAUAUCAAAUAGGGACCAUGUCCCGGUCCAAAAUCCAGAAGGAAGCGGCCAAGACGGUCCCGCACCUUCAUAGACUCGUCUGCCACGCUGCCGUCUUUGACAGCGCGGCCAGGUUCAUCGUCGAGCACAUGCACCACUACAGCCCCCAACUCGACCCCUCGUCUCCACUAGCGACUAUUGAAGAGAUAGAAGACGUGGAUGACGAUUUCGCCUUGGAUGACAUCGUCGAUAUUGUCCCUGAAGAUGAAGACGAUUCCGAGCCAGCACACGUCGAGUCCUUGCACACCGCCCAAGUCGCUUCGUUCAACGGCUAUGCUCAGCUCAAAUCUCCACGACUGUGUGGUGUCGUGGUGACGACGACGGUAGCGGGCACACGAGAUGGCAGCCACUGGGAGGAUGUGGAGAGCGACUCCAGCAGUAGCACCGAAUCGGACGACGACGACGACGACUACGAGACCAAUUUUGACUUCCGUUACGACUACGACGUCGGCACGGAGUCAGGCUACCCCUACUACCGCCAGUACGAGCGACAGUCGGACUGGAAGUAUGCGCACAGCUGCUCGAAACAGUUCACCGCCUCAGCGGCACCCACGUACAGCAAUCACAGCAACGACGAUCAGCUGCUCUGGUCGCAGCAACCGCACGUCUGGUCUCCCCAGCAAGAGGCUCAUUUAUUUGUCGAAGCCUUCAGCUGA